GUACGUAUCUGCUUGGGAUGAGCUGGUAAAGCGUAACAGGCAUGGACAAACCAGCGCGGCCGUAGUGUUUCUCCCAGAGCAAACUCCAUCGUAUGGACUUCACGACCCGAUUCCGGAGAGUGAGGAUAAGCUUCAAGGCGAAUGUUGGUGCACCCUGCUCUACGGCAAA